AGAAGAAGGAAAGUGUGACGCUGACCAAUCAGCAUUGAGGAGUUCUAAAAGCAGGAAGUGAUCGCGCUGAUCUAACAGGAGAAAUCAGUGGGGAUGUCGUAUUGACAUAUUUACAGUUCUUUAAAGCUGAUAAAAUGGACCAAACUGUGACAGAGCGGCGGGAUGAACCGCAGACAGACUUUAUCUACUGCUGUGGAGCCGUCACCGAGGUCCUGAAGUUUGGCUCCUGCAACUUAAACUCAGGAAACAAAGUUCUUUUUCUAAUCAUUCCAGGUAACCCAGGUGUAGUUGGCUUCUACAAAACCUUCAUGCAAACAAUUCACAGCAUGUUUGGACACCAGCACCCAGUGUGGGCUGUCAGCCACGCCGGACACUGUGCACCACCAGACUCCAUGCACAUGUCAGAAGAGAGCUCCUCAGCAGCGGAGGGAGACGUCUUUGGUCUCGACGGGCAGAUCGAACACAAGUUGGCUUUUCUAAGGAAACAUGUUCCAAGAGAAACCCGUCUGGUGCUCAUUGGACACUCCAUCGGCUGCUACAUCAUUCUGGAGAUGAUGAAGAGGGAUCCUGAACUCAAGGUUAUAAAAGCUGUCAUGCUGUUUCCCACCAUCGAGCGCAUGGCUCAGACUCCUCAGGGAAAGGUCAUGACCCCUGUGCUCUGUCAGAUGCGAUACAUUGCCUACCUGCCUGUCUUCCUGCUCUCUCUGCUGCCUGAAGGACUCAAAACUCGUCUGAUCAAACUGGUGUUCAGUGGGAUCAGAUCUUUAGACCAAACUGUAAUCCAGCCGACUGUCGGGCUGCUCAGUGGAGGCUGUGCAGCCAAUGCUAUGUACAUGGGCGGCCAAGAAAUGAGGAAAGUUCUGGAAAGAGACAACAUAACCAUCAGGAGCAAUCUAGAAAAGCUGAUAUUUUAUUACGGAGCCACAGACCACUGGUGCCCUGUUCAGUAUUAUCACGACAUCAAACAGGACUUCCCACGCGGAGAUUUCAGACUGUGUGAAAAUGGGUUCAGACACGCCUUCGUCCUGGACACGGGGAGAGAAGUCGCCUCCAUGGUUGUUGAAUGGAUCCGAGGAGAUUUAAGGACAUGAGGUUGUUCUCAGUGUGGUGCGACUGUUAAGGACUCUCAUCACCAGAAGUGGAGGACGCUUUUGGCAUCAGAAGUGGUCAUGCAUUUGGGUUGAGAAUGAGAGCUUGGUGCUGAGAAAAUAUGAAAUAUUAAUUUAGUAAAAUACCUUCAUUGAAGAGCAGCUGAUACAAAGAGGUUUUAGUUCUAAAGAAAGGAUCCAGGAGUGUUAAAAUCAUGCAUUUGGAUUAUCUUUAUGCUGUUAUUUUACAGCUGCAGUUGUCAGAUAAGAUGGUUUUUAAUACACUGAAGAAAAAGCCUGUUUUUUGCAGUGUUUGCAGAGAUUAAUAAGUGAUGUCUUCACCUGUUGAAAGACGGGAGGAUGACUUUUUAUGUAAGAAAACUACCGACUCUACAGGCGGCACCACACUGAACACAAACAGACCGUUCCUCACGGGAGCUUUAACAAAGAGGGAAUGCAAACUUCUGCAUUUAUCAUUUAUUUCUGCUCACAUGGAUCAGUUCAAAUAAUUACUAAGACAUUUAUUUGGUUUUGACAAGCUUUUAAAACUCAAUUGUGACUUUUUCAAUGUAAUUUAUGUUUUUCUUUUAAUAUACGAUCUUGAAAUUUGCAACUAUAACAAUAUAAAAGUCGGGAAAGCAAAAUGCAACUCAGCAGAGCUUCUUGAAAAAGUCCUCUCGUUAAUUUACUCAUAUCUUCAGGGUUGAUUUUUUUUCUCAAGCAAAGAUUCAAAUGUCAUCAAACUAAACAAAAACAUGUCACAUGUAAAGACACUCUCACAGGUGUGUAUCAGCUGUUUCUGAUUCUCUGAGGCAGUGUCACAUCUACCAAUUAAAAGCAAAAUAAAAAGCA